AUGCGCACGAACGUUCGCAGAAUCGCGCAUAGAGCCACCACCGUGCUCUCCGCCGCCUCCGCGCGCGCGUCUUCGUCCGUGCCAUCCGCCACGCUGGCAAAGUCGCGUUCGACGUCGCCGUCGACGUCGUCCGUCCGUCACCUCGCGCGCGUCUCCAGUCACGCCACGCGAACCAGGAGCUUCGCGUCGUCCGCGGACGACACGCACGAUGACUUCAAGCCCAAGGUGAACUCCGUGAACGCCGGGGACAUCAAGGACGUGAUCGAGGGUGACGUCAAGGCGAACGAAGUGCUGAUUUACAUGAAAGGGUCGCCGAGCGCGCCGCAGUGCGGAUUCUCCAACAUGGCGUGUCGAAUCCUCGAUCAUCACGGCGUAGAUUACGCGUCAAGAAACGUUUUAGCGAGCGAUGAGCUUAGGAACGGAAUCAAGGAGUUCUCGGCGUGGCCGACGAUUCCGCAGCUGUACGUCAAGGGCGAGUUCGUGGGUGGAAGCGACAUCAUGAUGAAUAUGCACCAGAGCGGUGAGCUCGCAGAUCUCUUCAAGGAUGUCAAGAAACGGGCGUGA